AGGGCAAGAGAAGCACGCCAGCGAUUUGACUGGGGGAGGACAGCCCAGAGGAGGGUCAGGGGGGUGGCACAGCCUAACCCUGGGCAGCAGAGCCACUGCCAGGGGACUUGGGGGGACCUGCUGCGCCUCCCUGCCAUCGCUGGGGUUUCUGUUUUAUUUCCCUGGAGGGGAAAGGGGGGGGGAACCCCAAGCCACCAUGGUCUCCCCAUGUCCUCUGUUCCCCUCUUCCCUCUUCCCCCUCCUUUCAUCUCAGUAGGAAUCAGCUUUUUCUUCCUCUGCCCGGAGCUUUGUCCUCCUCAGACUCACACAAGACUCCAGGCAGGAGGCCAGGAUGGAUUACAGCUCGCUCUGCGGGGUCCCGCGCUUCCUGACCCGGCCCAAGGCGUUUAUGGUGUCCGUAGGGAAGGACGCCACCCUGAGCUGCCAGAUCGUCGGGAACCCCAUCCCAGUGGUGAGCUGGGAAAAGGAUAAGCUUCCGGUGCAGUCUGGGGGAAGGUUUAAAACCACAGAGGAUGGGGAUUUGUACCGGCUCACCAUCUACGACCUGAGCCUGGAGGACAGCGGCCAGUACAUCUGCCGGGCCAAGAACACCAUCGGGGAGGCUUUUGCUGCUGUCAGCAUCCAAGUGGGACAGGAGACCACAGUCACAGAGUCAGCUCCUUACUUCAUCCAGAAACCUUCCAACAUCAAAGUCACCUUGGGAGAAGAUGCCAUGUUCAAAUGCAAAGUGCAGGGCAGCCCUCCCCUCUCGGUGAACUGGGAGAAGGACGGGAGGUACCUGAGGAACAAGGCGGAUGCUGGACGCUUCCAGAUCGAGUCUGCUGGCGAAUCCAACGCUCUCACCAUCCAGUGUGCCCAGCUGGGGGACAGUGGCACCUACACCUGCCGGGCAGAGAACCUCAUCGGCUCCGCCAGCGCCUCGGCCGCGCUGGUGGUGGAAAAGCACGGCUCCUCCAACCCGGGCAGCAGCAGCUUGGACAGCAGCUGUGGCAAGACAGCCUCCUUGCUGUCCCACCUGCAGAAGAGACGGGAGGAGAUCAGGAAGAUGGACAGCUCCCACGGCACUCUUGACUCAACCUCUGCCCACCACUCCGCGGUGGAGGGGCUGUCCGGCAUCGGCUACAGCCUGUCCAGGGACUACGAGCGGGCGGCAGGACUGGCCAAAGGCGGCCGCAACGCCGCCUUCGGGGCUCUGACCCGCACCUGCAGCGUCACCGAGGGCAAGCACGCCAAGCUGAGCUGCUACGUGACCGGCGAGCCCAAGCCCGUCAUCGUGUGGAAGAAGGACAACGAGGUCAUCGUGGAAGGCCGGCGCCACGUCAUCUAUGAGGAUGACCAGGAGAACUUUGUGCUGAAGAUCCUCUUCUGCAAGCAGACGGAUAACGGGCUGUACACCUGCACGGCCUCCAACCUGGCGGGGCAGACCUACAGCUCUGUGCUCGUCACUGUCAAAGAACCCACCAUACCCUUCAAGGCAAAGCUGAAGGACCUUGAAGUGAGGGAGAAGGAAUCUGCCACCUUCCAGUGUGAGGUGCCCGUUGCUGGGACAGAGACAGCUUGGUUCAAGGAGGAGACCAAGCUGCAGCAGAGCAAGAAGUACAACAUCGAGGAGGAGGGCACGUACCGCCGGCUGACCGUGCAGAACGUCACCACGGACGACGAUGCUGUCUACAUCUGUGAGAUGAAGGAAGGGAGCAGGACCAUUGCAGAGCUCUCUGUCCAAGGGAACAUCAUUAAAAAACUCCCACGGAAAACUGCUGUGUUCGUCAAGGACACAGCCACCUUCUGCGUGGAGCUGGACAACGACUGCCAGAGCGUCCGGUGGCUGAAGAACAGAGAGGAGGUGACGCCCAGCGACCGAAUCUCCAUCACACGCUCGGGCAAGCAGCACACCAUGACCAUCAGGGAGGAGUGCAGGGUGGAAGAUGCUGGAGAGAUUGCCUUCCUGGCCGAUGAAAGCAGGACUUCUACCCAGUUCACUGUGACCACUCCCAAAAAACCUCCCACCCAACCCCCAGCUGACCCUGUGGUGAAAAAUAAAACAGAAACCUCAGUGACACUGGCCUGGUCCCCUCCCAGGAUGGACAGGCCCGUUCCAGUUGAUGGAUACAUCGUGGAGCGCAAGAAACUCACCGGCUUCACCUGGGUGAGGUGCCACGAGUCCCACGUGCCCAGCCCCGAGCUCACGGUCUCCAACCUGCCAGAAGAGGCUGACUACCAGUUCAGGGUGUCUGCAGUCAACGCCUACGGGCAGAGCCCCUACCUGGAGUUCCCUGGGAGCUUGCACCUUGAGCCCGUCCUGGCUGUGAAAAACCCCCUGACAACUGCUGAAGUUGCACCUGGAGGGGAUGCCCUGUUCACUGUGGAUCUGACCAAGACAUGUUCUGGCACUUGGUACCUGAAUGGCAAAGUCCUACAGGAAAGUGAGACCUACAUCAUCAACAGAACCCAAACCACUCACACCCUGGUCAUAAAAAAUGUCACCAAGAAAGAUGAUGGGGCAGAAGUGAAAUUUGUUGCCAAUGACGUUGAGACCAGCACCAAGAUGAGAGUGAGAGGAGCUGCGGUGAGAUUCACCAACAAGAGCAAAGACGUAGAAAAAGUCUCAGCGCGGCUGCAAGAAGAAGCCAAACUCCAGGCUGAGCUUUCAGACACAGAGGCCACUGUGAGGUGGCUGAAAGAUGGGAAGGAGCUCAAGGCCAGUGAGAAAUACGAGUUCCAAACCGUGGGGAAGAGGCGCGUGCUGAAAAUCCGCCGCGCUGCCGAGGAGGACGCUGGAGUCUACGAGUGUGUCUGUGAGGGGGAUAAAAUGCUUUACCAGCUCUCAGUGAGAGCACUUGCAAACUUCAUAAACAAAGAGAAAACUGGAGGAGUUGUCAAGGCCAUUGCUGGGAAACAGGCUGAGUUUGUGUCUGAGACCUCUGAGGCCAACAUCAUGGUGAAGUGGUACAAAGAGGGGAAGGAAAUCGCAGCCAGCAAGAAAUUCACCGUGGAAGACAAAGGGAAACUGCACAAGCUGGUGGCUUCAGCUGUGACAAAAGAAGAUGAAGGAACUUACACCUGCAAAAUUGGGGAUGACACCCUUACUUUUGAUUUAAAAGUCUCAGAUGAAGCUGUUACUUUUGUCAACAAGCCCAAAACGACUCCAGAAGUUUCAGUCAGCCCUUCAGAAAGCCUGGAGCUGGUGUGUGAGGUGUCAGCUGCGGGUGGGGCCGUGGUGUGGAGGAAAGGUCAGACUGAGCUGAAGCAGGACCAGAGGACAACAAUCGUCAGCCAGGGGACACAACGCAGGCUCAUCGUCAGGAGGGUGACACAGCAAGACCAAGGCAGCUACACCUGUGAGACAAAGGACGACAGAACAACAUUCCAAGUCAAAGUCAGAGAGACAGAAGUUGUGUUUACAAACAAGGAGAAGGUGCAGAAAGAGGUGAAGGCUGCACUGUCAGAAAAUGCCACGCUGAGCUGCGAGGUGGCCCAGGAGAAAACAGAGGUGAAGUGGUACAAGGAUGGGAAACUCAUCAGCUCCAGCAAGAAAUUCAAGGUGGAGUCGGAGGGCAAAUCGCGUCGUCUGGUGGUGGGACAGGUGGAGAAGAAAGAUGCAGGGGAGUACACCUGUGAGGCUGCUGGCCAAAAACUCACCUUCAGGAUCCAUGUCACAGAAGCCGAGGAUGCAUUUGUCAACAAGGACAAAGUGAAGAAAGAGGUGAAGGCUGCACUGUCAGAAAAUGCCACGCUGAGCUGCGAGGUGGCCCAGGAGAAAACAGAGGUGAAGUGGUACAAGGAUGGGAAACUCAUCACAUCCAGCAAGAAAUUCAAGGUGGAGUCGGAGGGCAAAUCGCGUCGUCUGGUGGUGGGACAGGUGGAGAAGAAAGAUGCAGGGGAGUACACCUGUGAGGCUGCUGGCCAAAAACUCACCUUCAGGAUUGAUGUCACAGAGACAGAAGUUGUGUUUACAAACAAGGAGAAGGUGCAGAAAGAGGUGAAGGCUGCACUGUCAGAAAGUGCCACGCUGAGCUGCGAGGUGGCCCAGGAGAAAACAGAGGUGAAGUGGUACAAGGAUGGGAAACUCAUCAGCUCCAGCAAGAAAUUCAAGGUGGAGUCGGAGGGCAAAUCGCGUCGUCUGGUGGUGGGACAGGUGGAGAAGAAAGAUGCAGGGGAGUACACCUGUGAGGCUGCUGGCCAAAAACUCACCUUCAGGAUCGAUGUCCCAGAGACAGAAGUUGUGUUUACAAACAAGGAGAAGGUGCAGAAAGAGGUGAAGGCUGCACUGUCAGAAAAUGCCACGCUGAGCUGCGAGGUGGCCCAGGAGAAAACGGAGGUGAAGUGGUACAAGGAUGGGAAACUCAUCAGCUCCAGCAAGAAAUUCAAGGUGGAGUCGGAGGGCAAAUCGCGUCGUCUGGUGGUGGGACAGGUGGAGAAGAAAGAUGCAGGGGAGUACACCUGUGAGGCUGCUGGCCAAAAACUCACCUUCAGGAUUGAUGUCCCAGAGCCAGAAGUUGUGUUUACAAACAAGGAGAAGGUGCAGAAAGAGGUGAAGGCUGCACUGUCAGAAAAUGCCACGCUGAGCUGCGAGGUGGCUCAGGAGAAAACGGAGGUGAAGUGGUACAAGGAUGGGAAACUCAUCAGCUCCAGCAAGAAAUUCAAGGUGGAGUCGGAGGGCAAAUCGCGUCGUCUGGUGGUGGGACAGGUGGAGAAGAAAGAUGCAGGGGAGUACACCUGUGAGGCUGCUGGCCAAAAACUCACCUUCAGGAUUGAUGUCACAGAGCCCAAACCUGCAUUUAUAAACCAAGAAAAGGUCCAGAAAGAGGUGAAGGCUGUCCUGACAGAAAGUGCCACCCUCAUGUGUGAGGUGGCACAGGAUGCAACUGAAGUGAAGUGGUACAAGGAUGGGAAACUGCUCGUUUCCUCUCGGAAAUUCAAAAUAGAGACCGUGGGCAAAUCCCGGCGCCUGGUGGUCGAGCAGCUGGAGAAGAAGGAUGCUGGGGAAUACAUCUGUGAGGCUGCAGGCCAGAGGCUGACCUUCAAACUGGAGCCAACUGAACCGGAGGCUAAAUUUGAAAAUAAAGUUGUCCAGAAAGAGCCUCUCAUUGUUCAAGAACACGAAAGCAUCACGCUGACAACCUCAGUCACUCCUGAAACUGCUGCAGUGAGAUGGUUCAAGGAUGGCACAGAAAUCAAGGCGAGCAAGAAAUGUGUGAUCAAGAGCGAGGGGGCAUCCAGGACACUGACAGUGGCCGCAGCUGAGAGCACAGACUCUGCCCUCUACACCUGCCAGACAAAGCAUGACAAGCAGGAAUUCAGGGUGCAGGUGAAAGAAAUCCCGGUGAAGUUUGCCAAGAAGCUGGAGGCCGUGAAAGCCGAGAUUGGUGGCAGUGUGUCCCUGAGCUGUGAGCUGAGCCACGCCAAGGGGAAGGUGACCUGGAGCAGGAAUGGGGUGGAGAUCAAGCCCAGCAAGCGUUUCCAGAUCCGUGAGGAGGGGAUCAAACGAACCCUGACCAUAACGGGGAUCCGGGCUGAGGAUGAGGGAGAAUAUUCCUGCCAGUCCAGGGAUGACAAGAGCAGUGUCACCAUCACCCCCAAACCUCCCAGAGUGGUGAAAUUCGUCACAAGCCUCAACAGCGUGGUGUCUGAGGAGGGAAAAGAGGCUGUGUUCAAGUGCAGUGUCUCCCCCGGUGAUGCCGUGGUCACCUGGCUCAGGAAUGGUGCCAAGAUUGAGGCCAGCAAGAAAUACGUGAUCUCUCAGAAGGACAGCAACCACAGCCUCACCAUCACUGACCUGACUCUGGAAGACGCUGCUGAAAUCACGGCCAGUGCUGAGGGUGUGGAAAGCACAGCCAACCUCAGAGUCCGAGAGGCCUCAAUCUCCUUCAUGAAGAAGCUCGAGCCCAAAACAGUUGAAGAGAGGGAGACAGUGACCCUGGAGGUAGAGCUGACCAAGCCUGCAGAGGUGAAGUGGAUGAGGAACAGUAUCGUGCUGAAGCCCAGUGACAAAAUAGAGAUCAAAGCUGAGGGAACAAAGCACACCUUGGUGGUCAAGGACAUCUCCUUCGCAGACCGGGGCUUCUACUGCUGCGAGAGCCCCGAUGACAAGACCCAAGCCAAGAUCAAUGUGGAAAUGAGGCAGAUCAAGUUGGUGAAAGGCCUUCAGCCCCUGCAGGUGGUUGAGAAAGGGAGUGUCACCUUUGAGGUGGAGGUGUCACACGAGGACGUGGAGGGCACCUGGCAGAAGGAUGGUGUUCGUCUGAAACCUGCACCCAACGUCAGCUUCAGUGUCCUGGGCAAGAAACACUCCCUGACUCUCUCCUCGGUGGCUCUGGAAGAUGCAGGACUCAUCUCCUUCAAAGCAGAGGGCAUUAACUCCUCAGGGAGGCUCACUGUGACAGAAUUGCCUGUGAGGAUCAGCAAACCUUUGGCAGAUGUCAGUGUAACUCAGAAGCUCAAGGCCACGUUUGAGUGUGAGCUGUCCAAACCCAAUGCCAAUGUGAAGUGGUUCAAGGAUGGGAAGGAGAUCCGGCAAAGUAAAAACAUUGGGAUUAUCUCCCAAGGAAAUAAGAGAAGCCUCAUUAUUCACAAGUGUGAAUAUGAAGACCAGGGAACUUACACAUGUCAAGCAGCUGAAGACAAGACAUCAGCUACUCUAAAAGUUCAUGCCCGAGAUAUCAAGAUUGUAAAACCACUGGAAGAUGUGGAAGUGAACGAAUUUGAGAGUGCAGCUUUCACCUGUGAGAUCUCACACGACGAGGUCGAGACCCAGUGGUACAAAAAUGACAACAAGCUGAAGACUUCCGACAACAUCAAAAUGCGGCAGGAUGGAAAGACCUAUUCCCUGACUUACACACGUGUCCACGUCGAGGAUGCGGCCGAGAUCAAAUUCGUAGCAGAAAAGGCAGAAUCUCGUGCUCAGCUGACUGUAAAAGAGCUGCCCGUAAAAAUCGUGAAGCCUUUGCGGGAUAAGAUCGCCCUGUGGAAGCACCGGGGGGUCCUGGAGUGCCAGGUGUCCCGGGCCAACGCCAAGGUCAGGUGGUUCAAGAAGGACGUGGAAAUUCAUCCCGGUGUGAAAUACGAGAUCGUGAGCGAGGGCGUCUAUCGCAAACUCGUCAUCAACGACGCCGACUACGAGGACGAGGACACGUACACGUGCGAUGCCUUCGAUGACAAAACCAGUGCUAAUUUCUUCGUUGAAGAGCAAGCCAUUAAUAUUGUAAAAGAGUUGUGUGAUGAGGACGUGACUGAGCCUGAAGAAGCCAAUUUUGAAUGUGAGACAUCCAUUCCAUCUGUGAAACCUGCCAAGUGGUUCCUGAAGGGAGCAGCCUUGCAGGCUGGCAGAAACAUCAUCAUGCAGCAGGAAGGCACCAUCCACAGGCUGACAAUAAUAAAAACAAGUGUUGAUAUGACAGGCACCAUCCAGUUCUCCAUCGGCAAAUCCAAAUCCACGGCGAACCUGCUCGUCAGAGAUUACCACAUCCAGAUCACCAGGAAGCUGGAGGACAAGACCGUGCUGGAGCGACACUCGGUCAUCCUGUCCUGUGACUUCAGGCCUUCCCCAAAGCACGUGAAGUGGUUCAAGGGCCAAGAGCUCCUUGAGCCCUCGGAGAAGUACAGAAUCAAGCGGGAUCAGUACUCAGCAGAGCUCAAGAUCAUGAAGGUGAAGCCCGAGGAUGCCGGCGUGUACAAGUGCAGGGCGGGGAUCGCUGAGACAGAAGCCACGCUGAGCGUUGAAGCCCGCAAUGUGGAGGUGCUCAAGCACCUGCAGGACGUGGAGGUUGAGGAGGACGGCUCUGCUGUGUUCUCCUGCGAGCUGUCCCACGACGACGAGGACGUGGAGUGGUUCCUCAACGGCACCCUCCUCUACACCAACAACUUCAACGACAUCAAGAGCGUUGGCAGGUGCUACACGCUGACCAUGAAGCAGGUGAAGCCUGAGGAUGCUGGCACGGUGACGAUGAAGUCGGACAAGGUGUCGGAGACCGUGCGGCUGAAGGUGAUAGAGAAACCUGCUGUCUUCAUGAAAUCCUUGGAUGACAUUUUUGGUGAGGAGCGAGGAGUGAUCAAACUGGAAUGUGAAGUCUCCAAAGAGAAGGUCAAACCUGUCUGGAAAAAGGAUGGUGUGAAGAUCACUUCCAGCAAGAAGUAUGAGGAGAUACAGUCUGGGAAGACCCUGUGCCUCCUUAUCCACGACCUUGAAAAGACAGAUGCCGGGUUAUACACCUGUGACAUCGGCACUGAUGUUGCCAAAUCAAAGGUCAGCGUUCAGGAACUGAACAUCGGCAUCACCAAACGGCUCAAGAGCACUGAAAUCCAGGAGGGAGAAGAUUGCACUUUUGAGUGCAUUUUGUCCCAUGAAAGCAUUGAUGACUUCAACUGGACGCUGAACGGGAGGAAAGUGGAAAGUGGGGGGAGAUUUAAAGCCUCGAACACCGGUCGGAAAUACACACUGAGUAUCAAAAAUGUGGUUCCUGAUGACACUGGGGAGGUCAUCUUCACUGCCCGUGGUCUCACCUCCAAGGCUUCCCUGGUUGUGAAAGAGAAACCUACUGAGGUUACAAAACAGCUGGAGGAUAAGACAUCACCAGCAGGGCAGGACAUCAGCCUGAGCUGUGAACUGUCCAAAGCUGAUGUGAACAUCAGGUGGUACAAGGAUGGCAAAGCAAUCCGGAAAAGCCAGAAAUACGACCUGCAGCAGGAGGGGACACGGGCCACUCUCAUCAUCCGUGACUCCACGGUCAAGGACAGUGGGGAAUACACCUGUGAGACAGAGACCUCCAAAACAACAGCCAGGAUCACAGUGCAAGAAAAGCCUAAUUAUUUUAUCAAGGAGCUCUCAGACCUGAAAGUGGACGAAAGUGGAACUGCAGUUUUUGUGUGCCAGAGUGAGAGAGCUGCAUCCUCUGUGGUGUGGAGGAAAGGCAUCGCUGAGCUCAGGGCCGGCAGGAAAUACGAGUUCACGCAGAAAGGACAAGUCCUCCAGCUGACCAUAAAGAACCUGGAGAAAAGUGACAGUGACACUUACAGCUGUGACAUUGGGGACGCCCAGUCCAGAGCCAAGCUGACUGUGCAAGGCCAGAAAGUGCUAAUAACAGAAGACCUGGAGGAUGUCACUGUGUUAGAAGGAGAAUCUGCCAUGUUCAAGUGCAGAAUCUCUCCCGUAGACUAUAGCAGAGUGCAGUGGUUUUUGGAUAAAACCCCACUCCAUACCAAUGAACUUAAUGAGAUCCAGUCCCAGCCUGGUGGAUAUCACCUGCUAACGCUGAAAAAGCUCUCACUGAAGGACUCGGGGGUCAUUACAUUUGAAGCUGGUGAUAAGAAAACAUCUGCCAGUUUGGUUGUUAAAGAAACACCAGUUCUUUUCAAGCAAGAGCUCCAAAACGAAGAAGCCAAAGAAGGGAAGCAGGUCAGGCUGACCUGUGAGCUCAGCAAGCCCGGUGCCCCAGUGAAGUGGAUGAAGGGAGACACUGUUCUCUAUGCCAGUGAGAAAUACGAAUUUAAGCAGCAGGGGACUGUGGCAGAGCUCAUAAUUCGAGAUGUGAAAUCUGUAGAUGCUGGGGAAUACACCUGCAGUGCUGGGGAACUGAAAACCACUGCUUGGGUCAAAGUGAAUGCUGCGCCUGUCCUCUUCAAACAAGCCCUGGAGAACACGGGUGUGGAGGAAGGGAAAUCCGUCUCCUUGCGCUGCGAACUCACAAAAGCUGAGGCCACCGUGGUGUGGAAGAAGGGAGAAGCCACCCUCCAGGCAAGUGCCAAAUAUGAAAUGAAGCAGAAGGGGACAGUGGCAGAGCUGGUGAUUCAUAAUGCAGAGCCAGAAGAUGCGGGAAGAUACACCUGUGACACUGGAGACCAGCAGACCACAGCCCAAGUCAAAAUCCAUGCUGUGUCCGUGCUCUUCAAAGAAGAGCUGAAGCCCGUGGAAGCUGAGGAAGGUGGGACAGCCACCCUGCAGUGCCAGCUGGGCACAGAGGCCCCCGUGGAGUGGAGGAAGGGGCAAACUCUUCUCCGGGCGAGUCACAAGUACAAGAUGAGGCAGGAGGGCACCGUGGCUGAGCUGCUGAUCCACGACCUGGAGCCAAAGGAUGCUGGAGACUAUUCAUGUCUAGCGGGGAGCCAAAAAACCACAGCAGCCUUGUCAGUGAAUGCCCUGCCAGUCCGUUUCAAGCGAGAGCUGAGGAACGAGGAGGCCACGGAGAGCGGGACGGCGACGCUGCAGUGCGAGCUGAGCCGGCCGGGCGGCCCCGUGCGCUGGAGGAAGGACGGCCGGGAGCUGCUCCCCUCCGGGAAAUACCGCAUGAGGCGGGAAGGGCGCUUCGUGGAGCUGGUCAUCCAGGAGCUGGAGCUGACGGAUGCUGGGAGCUACACCUGCCUGUGUGGGGAGCAGGAGAGCACAGCUGCUCUGAGAGUCAAUGCCUUGCCUAUCCUCUUCCAAGAAGAAUUGAUGAACAAGGAAGCUACAGAGGGCGAGGCAGUCACUUUGCACUGCAAACUGAGCAAACCUGCCCCAGUUGAGUGGAAAAAGGGGAAUGUGGUGCUGAAGCCGAGUGAAAAGUACAAAGUAGAGCAGGAAGGUCCCUUUGUGGAGCUGACAAUCCGGGAUUUGGAUUUGGCAGACGCUGGGGAUUACAGCUGUGUGUGUGGAGACCGACAGACUACGGCUGCUCUGGCUGUAAAUGUCCUGCCUGCUCUUUUCACCAAGGGACUCAUGGACAAAGAAGCCACCGAGGGUAAAAGUGUCUCCCUGCACUGUGAGCUGAACAAGGCUGCUGCUAACGUGGACUGGAAGAAGGGGUUCAAGACCCUCAAGCCAAGUGACAAAUACAAAAUGAAGCGGGAAGGUGUCGUGGCUGAGCUCAUAAUCCAAAAUCUAGACACAGCAGAUGCUGGGAAUUAUUCCUGUGUGUGUGGAGACCAGCAGACCAUGGCAGUUCUAACAGUUCAUGCUUUGCCUGCAUUUUUCAAGGAAGGGCUGAAGAACAGGGAAGCCACAGACGGCGGCACGGCCGCUCUGCGCUGCGAGCUGAGCACGGUGGGCGUCCCUGUGGAGUGGAGAAAGGGGGAAAAGGCACUGAAACCCAGUGAAAAGUACAGGAUGAGACAGGAAGAUACGGCUGCAGAGCUGCUGAUCCGAGAUCUGCAGGUGGAAGACACGGGAGAGUACAGCUGUGUGUGUGGAGAUCAGAAGACCUCGGCUGUGUUGACAGUCCACGCUCUGCCUGCGCUGUUCAAAAGAGAUCUUGUCAAUGUGGAAGGCACAGAAAACAGGACGGCUGUUCUGCAGUGUGAGCUGAGCAAACCCGCCCUGGUGGAGUGGAGGAGGGGGCAGGAGGUGCUCAGACCUAGUGAAAAAUACAAAAUGAGGCUGAAGGACACCACUGCUGAGCUGACAAUCCACAGCCUGGAGGAAGGAGAUGCAGGAGAUUACACCUGUGUGUGUGGAGACAAGACAACCACUGCUUCCCUGACAGUGCAUGCCCUCCCUCCUCACUUUAAGAAAGAGCUAAAGAACGUGGAAGGCACAGAAAACGGCACGGCCACUUUCUGCUGUGAGCUGAGCAAGGCUGGAGCUGCCGUGGCGUGGAGGAAAGGACACAAAACCCUGGGGACAAGUGACAAGUUCACCGUGAGAUGCCAGGGCACGGUGGCUGAGCUGGUGAUCCAUGAUUUAGCCCUGGCAGAUGCUGGAGAUUACACGUGCUCUUGUGGAGAGCAGGAAACCACGGCUGCGCUCAAAGUGAAUGCCCUGCCUGUGCACUUCCAGAAGGAGCUGAGGGAUGAAGAAGCCACAGAAGGUGCAACAGCCACUCUGCAGUGCGAGCUGUCCAGGGCUGCCUGCGUGGAGUGGAGGAAGAAGCACAAAGUGCUCAAACCCAGUGAGAAAUACACCAUGAGGCAGGAGGGCAGCAGGGCCCAGCUGCUGAUCCAUGCUCUGGAGGUCAGGGAUGCUGGGGAAUACAGCUGUGUGUGCGGAGAGCAGAGGACAACGGCGGCACUGGCAGUGCACGCUCUUCCUGCUCUGUUCAAAGAAGAGUUAAGGGACGAGGAGGCCGAGGAGGGUGAAGCAGUCACUCUGCACUGUGAGCUGACCAAGCCUGCCCCAGUGGAGUGGAAAAAGGGGCACACAACGCUCAGGCCUAGUGAGAAGUACAGAAUGAGGCAGAAGGAUGUCACUGCAGAGCUGGUGAUCCACAGCCUGAGCGAGGGUGAUGCUGGGGAUUACACCUGUGUGUGUGGGGAGCAGCAGUGCACAGCGUCCUUGGCAGUGCAUGUGCUGCCUGCAGGCAUCCAGGAGAGCCUGAGGGACGCGGAGGUGACCGAGGGUCAAGCGGCCACUCUGAGCUGUGAGCUGACCAAAGCUGCCCCCGUGGAGUGGAGGAAGGGCAGCACCUUGCUCAAAGCCAGUGACAAGUACAAAAUGAGGCAGGAGGGCUUGGUCAGGAAGCUGCUUAUCCAGGAUGUGGAACUGAAAGAUGCUGGAGAGUACACGUGUGUGUGUGGAGAGCAGGAGACUACAGCAGCCCUGAUAGUGCAUGCCCUGCCAGCCCUUUUCAAAGAAGACCUGAAGGACCUGCAAGGCACAGAAAGCCAAACAGCCACUCUGAGCUGUGAGCUGAGCAAGGCUGCAGCUGUGGAGUGGAAGAAAGGGAACAAAAUACUCAGUGCAGGUGACAAAUACAUCAUGAGGCAGGAGGGUGGCCUGGCAGAGCUGGAAAUCCGUGACCUAGAGCUGCAGGAUGCAGGAGAUUACACCUGUGUGUGUGGGGAGCAGCAGAGCACAGCCUCUCUGGCAGUCAAGGCCCUGCCAGUGCUUUUCAAGGAAGAGCUGAAGGAUGAAGAAGCCCAAGAAGGAGCAUCAGUCACUCUGAGAUGUGAAUUAACCAAAGAAGCUCCUGUGCAGUGGAAAAUGGGGCCCAAAGUGCUCAAAGCAAGUGACAAAUAUCAAAUGAGACAGUCUGGCACCACUGCAGAGCUGGUCAUUCCUGAGCUAGAAGUAAAAGAUGCUGGAGAUUACACCUGUGUGUGUGGCGACCAGAAGACAACAGCAACCUUAACAGUUCAUGCUCUGCCUCCAGUGUUUAAGGAAGAGCUGAAGGACAAGGAAGCAGAAGAAGGUGGAGAAGUCUCCCUGCUCUGUGAGCUCUCCAAGGCUGCCCCAGUGGAGUGGUGGAAGGACCAGAGCAUCCUCAAACCGAGUGGGAAGUACAGAAUGAGGCAGGAAGGGCUCAAGGCAGAGCUGGUGAUCCAUGAAGUAGCUGAGGAGGAUGCAGGAGACUACAGCUGUGUGUGUGGAGAGCAGCAGAGCACAGCUGUGCUGACAGUGCAGGCUGUGCCUCCGUUUUUCCAAGAAGAAAUGACCAGCCAGGAAGGGGUAGAAGGUGGAACAGCCACUUUGCACUGUGAGCUGAGCAAGGUCCCUGCCCGUGUGCAGUGGAGGAAGGGCCAGCACAUCCUCACCUCGGGCACCAAGUACAGCAUGAGGCAGCAGGGAUGUGCUGUGGAGCUGCUGGUGCAUGGCUUGGAGCUGAGUGACAGUGGGGAUUAUUCCUGUGUGUGUGGAGACAAGACCAGCACUGCUGCCUUAACAGUUCAUGUGCUGCCUCCAGAAUUCAAGAGAGAGCUGAAGGACCUGGAAGCUGUGGAAAAUGGCACAGCUGCUCUGCAGUGUGAGCUGACAAAACCUGCUGAGGUGGAGUGGAAGAAAGGGCAGGAGGUGCUCAAAGAGAGCAGCAAGUAUGAAAUGAGUCAGGAUGGUGCUGUUGCAAAGCUGAUCAUCCAUGAGCUGGAGGAGGAGGAUGCUGGAGUUUACACCUGUGUGUGUGGAGAGCAGCAGACAACUGCCACGCUGACUGUCAAUGCACUGCCCAUCACGUUUAAGCAACCUUUACAGAAUGAGGAAUUUGAGGAAGGAAGCACAGCCAGGUUCUGCUGUGAGCUGUCGAAACCCUGUGCUGCAGUGGAAUGGAGGAAAGGAGGAGUGGGGCUGCAGCCCAGCCAGAAAUAUGAAAUGAGGCAGAGGGGAUGCCUGGUAGAGCUCUUGAUACACAAUCUCAGAUUAGAAGACACAGGAGAAUACAGCUGUGACACGGGGGAUCAGGAAACCAGGGCAGCUCUCAGUGUGAAAGCUCUGCCAGUUCUUUUCCAAAAGCAGCUCAAGGACGAGGAGGCAGAGGAAGGAGGCGCGGCGAGAUUGCGGUGCGAGCUGACCAAGGAGAACGCGGCCGUGGAGUGGAGGAAAGGCACCGUGGAGCUCUUCCCCUGUGCCAAAUAUGAAAUCAAAUUAAGUGGGCGCACAGCUGAGCUUGUGAUCCACAAUGUAGAGCCAGAGGAUGCCUCUGAUUACACUUGUGACACGGGAGACCAGCAGAGCACUGCAGUCCUCAGAGUGAAUGCCCUCAAACCCCAGCUGAAGCAGCAGCUGAGGAACGAGGAGGUGGAAGUGGGAGGAACAGCCAGGCUGCGCUGCGAGAUUUCCAUCAGCAAGGCAGAGGUGGAGUGGAGGAAGGAUGGAGCCCUCCUGCAGUCCAGCUCCAAGUAUGAAAUGUGGCAGGAUGGGACCCUCAGGGAGCUCCGUGUUCACCACCUGGAGCCUGGGGAUGCUGGAGAAUAUUCCUGCAAGGCUGGAGACCAGACCAGCUCAGCCAAACUCACAGUGAAAGAGCCUGACGUGACCAUCGUGAGUGGCCUCACGGACAGGGUGGUGGCCGAAGGGGACGAUGUCACCUUUCGGUGCCAGGUGUCCCACCAGGACGCCAGGGACGUGGAGUGGAAGCUGCAGGACGUGGCUCUGCAGAACAACGAGAUGAACGAGAUCUCGGUGGAGAAGGGCAAGAUCCACACCCUGACCCUGAGGAAGGUGACAGAGCAGGACAUUGGCACUGUCACCUUCCGGGUGGGACCCCACACGUCGACAGCAGAGCUCAGGGUGAAAGCUUCUCCAGUCACUUUCACACAGCCCCUGCAGAACCAGCAGGCUGAGGAAGGUGGCAGCGUCACUCUGAGCUGCGAGGUGUCCAAACCCAACGCCUCUGUGCAGUGGAAGAAGGCGGGGACGGUGCUGAGACCCAGCCACAAAUACGAGAUGCGUCAGGAGGGAUCCCUGGCUGAGCUGACAAUCCACAGCCUGAGCGAAGCUGAUGCUGGGGAGUACACCUGUGACACAGGGGACCAGCAAACCACGGCAGCAGUGCACCUGAAAGAAGCAGCAGCCACCAUCGUGGAGAGGCUGAAGGACGUGGCCGCGUGCGAAGGAGAAGACGCGGUGUUCGAGUGCCGGCUGUCCCGGGAGGCAGCUCAGGAUGCCCAGUGGUUCCUGGGGGAUGUCCCCCUGCAAUCCAACGAAAUGAACGAGAUCAGAGCCCAAGGGACACGGCACAGCUUGAUCUUGAGGAAGGUGACCCUGGAAGACUGUGGGUCCAUCACUUUCAAAGUGGGGCAGCAUUCGUCAGCAGCACAGCUGAAGGUGGAAGCUGCCCCGGUCACCUUUGUGAAGGCUCUGCACAACCUGGAGCUGCAGGAGGGUGGCACUGCCCACCUGUCCUGCGAGGUGUCCAAGCCUGACGUCCCCGUGGAGUGGAAGAAGGGCUCGUCCGUGAUCCAGCCCAGCCACAAGUGCAGCAUCCAGCAGGAGGGGAAGGUGCACACGCUGGUCAUCCGCGACCUGAGCCGCGCCGACGCCGGCGACUACAGCUGCCACACGGCUGCUGGCAAGACCACGGCCAGGCUGGAGGUCAAAGGGCUGCCUGUGCUGUUCAGACAGUGGCUGAGGAACGAGCAGGUGGAGGAAGGGCGCACGGCCGUGCUGCGCUGCGAGCUGACGCGGCCCCACGCGCGCCUCGAGUGGCGCAGAGGGGACACGCGGCUGCAGCCCGGCGACAAGUACGAGUUCCGCCAGGAGGGGACACGGGCUGAGCUCCUCAUCUACGGGGCUGAGGCUCAGGAUGCUGGGGAGUACACCUGUGACUCCGGGGAUCAGCAAACCACGGCUACGCUGCAGGUCAAAGUACUGCCAGUGCUGUUUAACAAAGAGCUGAAAAACGUAGAGGCUGAAGAAGGGGGAACGGCUGUUUUGCACUGUGAGAUCUCCAAGCCGGACGCUCCCGUUGAGUGGAGGAAAGGAGGGGUGGUCAUUCAGCCCAGUGACAAGUACGAGGUGAAGCUGAAGGGCAGCGUAGCUGAGCUGAUCAUCCAUGGUGUAGAGCCUGAUGACUGUGGGGAUUACACCUGCAGCACUGGAUACGAGAUCACCACAGGGUCUGUGUACGUGCAAGAGGAAGCAGCAGCAGUGAUAGUGUCUGGUUUAAGGAGCACAGACGUCUUUGUGGGCGAGUCAGCCACCUUCACCUGCGAGCUCUCGCACCCGGGCGUGAGGAACGUGCAGUGGUGGCUCGAUGGGACCCCCCUCCACAACAACCUGGUGACGGAAAUCUCUGAGCAGGACGGCAGGAUCCACACUCUGACCCUAAAUGACGUGGCGUGCCAUGACUCGGGCACUGUCACCUUCAGAGCUGGGCCCCUUAUCUCCACAGCUAAAUUAUUAGUCAAAGAUCCCACCAUUGAAGUGGUCAGUCCCAUGCAGGACAUGACUGUUGAUGAAGAUGGCCCAGCAGAGUUCAUAUGCCAAUAUUCUAGGCCAGUGCACGCCAUCUGGAAGAAAAAUGAUCAGGAAAUACAUGCAGAUGGGCAGCGAGUGAUUAUCGAGCAGGACUGGAAUGUGAGCAUGCUAAAAAUUAACCCCACGGUCCCAGAAGACACUGGCAUCUAUUCUUGUGAAGCUGAAGGCAUUAAAGUGAUGGCUGCACUUGAUGUUCAAGCCAAGAACAGCAUUGUCCAGGGCUUGGAGAACGUGGAGGCCAUGGAAGGAGGGGAAGCCCUGUUCGAGUGUUACCUCUCCAAACCUGAGACCUACAAUUACAACUGGCUGAUUGACGAUGAACCUGCCAAAACCACAGACAACACUGAGAUGGUUUACUUUGAAAAUGGGCUCAGGCAUAUCCUGCUGCUGAAGAAUUUAACUCCCCAGGACAGCUGCAGGGUGACUUUCAUGUGCAGCGAUGCAGUGACCUCAGCCUUCCUCACUGUGAAAGGGUGGCGCCUGCAGUUCUUGCAGCCCCUCACGGAUGUGGAAGUGUCUCUGGGGGAAAAAGCAACAUUUAGCUGUGUCCUGAGUGAAGCUGUGCCAGUUAAUGAAGUGACCUGGUACAAUAAUGACAUAGAGAUCCAGUCAGGUGAGGACUGGGAGGUACAAGCGGAUGGAAACAAAUACAAACUUAUUCUGAAAAAAGCCCAGCUGCAUCAUUCUGGAGAGGUGACCUUUGCUUCCAGGGAGGCCAUUUCCUCAGCCAAGCUUUCUGUGAUAGCCCUCCCUGAGCCACCCGAAGAGCCAGCAGUCCUAAGGCAGAGCAGCGACUCUGUCACUCUGUCUUGGCACAAGCCGCCGGGUGACGGUGGCCAGCACAUCCUGGGCUACAAGGUGGAGAGGAAAAUCCCAGGAGUUGGCUGGCAGUCCUGCAGCAAGGCUCUCAUCCAGAACACAGAGUUCACCGUGGAUGGGCUGGCCCCAGGGGAGCCCUACAGGUUCCGAGUGUCGGCCAUAAGCACCGCUGGGGCCAGCGAGGCAGUGCACUUCCCCCAGAUGGUGACGUUAGAGCCUCCAGUUACAGUCACCCAACCUUUGGUGGGAGGAUCUGUCUCAGAAGGAGGGGUGGCUCGCCUGGAGUGCACAUUGUCAAGUAAAACUGAGGAGAAAGUGACUUGGUUCAAGGGAAAAGAACAAAUAAAAGCUGGAGGGAGAUACGAGAUCCUCUCUGAUGGAGCAAAGCAGAUCCUCAUUAUCCGUGGAUUUAAACCUGAGGAUCAGGACAGCUACACCUGCAUGGCUUCUCCAGAAGUCAAAUCUGUUGCCAGCCUGUGUCUUGAAGUUCCCACCGUGUCAAUGCUGAAGGAGAUUGCAAGGGAAGCUCCCCCUGCCAGCCGGGCUGAAGAGCUGGUGGAUGGGCACAUCCAGCCCAGCCUGCCCCCUGAAGCUGCCCAGGAGGGAGAUCUUCACCUCCUGUGGGAAGCCCUGGCCAAGAAACGCCGUAUGAGCCGGGAGCCCACCCUGGAUUCCAUCAGCGAGGUGCCUGAGGAGGAGGAGAAGCUUCAGAAGCUGAGGAAGGAGGAAGCAGAGAUGUCUCACUACUACUCGGAGGAGUACUCCACAUGUGACGAGCUGGCCAGGACAGGAGAGGCAGAUUUCUCCUUCACAAGCUCUGAUGAUGAGUCUAGAGCUGGGACUCCUUCCCUAGUAAACUACCUCAAGAAAGCUGGCAAGAAGACCAUCAGUGUCACCAGCAAGGUCCAGUCCAGCUCCACAGGAAAAUUAUGGAAACAGUGGGAAACAUCCACUGUGGAAACCACUGUGGCCACCACAGCUGCUCAGCCAGCUGAACCAGAGCUGCCAGAUUUAGACGACCCCUCCAUGAACAAGGCGGCUGUGAAGAUCCAAGCUGCUUUCAAAGGCUACAAAGUCAGGAAAGAGAUCAAGCAACAAGAGUGCCCGGUGUUUACUGAGACCUUCAAAGACUUCUCUGGAGAGCCUGGGAGCACCCUGCACCUGGAGUGUGUUGCCCACAGCAAAACCGACAUGAAGGUGCGCUGGCUGAAGGACGGGAAGGAGCUCUCGGACGGGCGCUACUACCACAUCGACAGCUACAGCGACGGCACCUGCUCCCUGAUCAUCGCUGGCCUGGACAGGAAGGACGCAGGCAGAUACACCUGCGAGGCCUCCAAUAAGUUUGGCAAGGUCUCGCACAGCGCUCAGGUGGUGGUCGGCGCUCAGGAGCCUCAAGUUCUUCCCAAGCAGAAGCGGGGCAAGCAGAGCACCGACAGCGAGACAGAGAGCUCGUCCGGCAGCGAGCUGGACGAUGCGUUCCGGAAAGCAGGAAGGAGACUCCACAGGCUCUUCAGGGCCAAGAUCUCCACCGAGAUCUCUGAUGUGGAGGAAGAGCUCUUUGUCAGCGCAGAUGAAGGGGACAUAGACGUGGUCGACCACCAGACGUAUCGUGAGGAUGACCAGUACAUCUACAUCAAGUUUGAAAUAAUGUCUGAGGCCAAGACGGCCGCCACGCGGUUCAGAGAGAUGUUUGGUGCUCUGGGAAUUCCCGUGGAGAUUGACAUCUUGGAGCAAGGCCCGAAAAAAAUCGAAUUGCGCAUUGGGAAGGCAUCACCUCCCACCUUUGGGAAGUUUGCACCUCCAGUAGCGAGACCUCCGAAGUUUGCACCUCCAGUAGCAAGACCUCCUCCACCUCUGCUGACUUCUGACACAGCCCCCAUGUUCAUGACCGAGCUCCAAAACCAGGAGGUCCAGGACGGGUACCCAGUGAGCUUUGACUGCACCGUCAUCGGCAAACCCCUGCCCACGGUUCGCUGGUUCAAGGACGGCAAAGCCAUUGAAGAAAACGAUCACUACAUGAUCAACGAGGACCAGGAAGGGUGCCACCAGCUGAUCAUCACCGCCGUGGUGCCCACGGACAUGGGCGUCUACCGCUGCCUCGCCGAGAACAGCAUGGGGGUGGCUUCCACCAAGGCUGAGCUCCGGGUGGACUUGACCAGCACAGACUAUGAGACAGCAGCAGAUGCCACAGAGACAUCAUCUUACUACAGUGCCAAGGAAUAUAUUUCAAGCCGAGAGCAGGAGGAAUCCACCACUGAGGAGGAGCAGUUGCCCCAGAUCUUUGAUGAACUUCAUGAUAUUCAUGUGGCACCUGGAGCAUCUCUGGCUAAAUUUCACCUGAAGGUGAAAGGCUACCCUCAGCCUCGUCUCUACUGGUUCAAAAACGGGCAGCCCCUAAAAGCCUCGGAUCGAAUCCUCAAGACUGACAGGCAGGAAUUCCACUCCCUGGAAAUCCGCGACGUCACCAAGGCGGACGCCGGCCAGUACUUGAUAUUUGUCAUCAACUCUGCUGGCUCUGCCUAUUCCUCAGCCAGGCUGGUAGUCAGAGAUCCUUAUGAGAAAGAAGAGCCAUCCAAAACAGAUUCCCAUGAGCAGCUGAUACCACCAAGAUUCCUUGAAAGGUUUACAAAUAAGAAGGUGAAAAAGGGUGCAAGCAUCACAUUAUCUGUGAAAGUUGAAGGACAUCCACCACCAACAAUCACUUGGAUGAAAGAAGAGUCUCGGGAAGACAUCCUGUGGAUCAAACCAGACACUCCUGGGUACAAACUGGCCAGCUCCAACAUGCACCACAGCCUGAUCCUGUUGGAUGUCAAGAAGAAGUACAGAGGAGCUUACACGUGCAUUGCCACCAACAAGGCUGGCCAGUCCAUCUGCACCGCCAACCUGGAAGUUGCAGAUGUGAAAGAGGCUGAAGUCCUGACCCAGGAGCGUGUGAUGGUGUCAGAAGCCAUCAUGACCACACUGGGGUCUAUCCAGUCCUCUGAAGGAGACCUUGAAGCUGGCAGAGAAGGUGUGCCCAAAAGCCCUAUUUCAUUAGCUGAUGUUGGCUCAGAAGAGUUCUUCCAGAAACUCACCUCACGUAUCUCAGAGAUGGUAUCUGCAAAAAUAACUCAAGCCAAACUUCGAGUACCGGGUGCAGAAAGUGAUGAUGAGUCAAGAACUCCUUCUGCAUCUCCUCGCCAUGGACGAUCCAGACCUUCAUCCAUUGCUCAGGAAUCCUCCUCUGAAUCUGAAGAUGGGGAUUCCAGAGGGGAGAUCUUUGAUGUCUACAUGGUCACUGCUGACUACGUGCCCGCGGCGCCGGACAAGGAGACCAUCACCCUGAAGGAAGGACAAUAUGUGGAAGUCCUGGAUUCAGCUCAUCCUCUGAAAUGGCUGGUCAGGACUAAACCCACGAAAUCGAGUCCCUCUCGACAGGGUUGGGUGUCUCCAGCUUAUCUGGACAAGAAAUUAAAGUUGUCACCAGAGUGGGGGACAACAGAAAUUCCAGAAUUUCCUGGAGAGUUUGUUUCUGAAGAUGAAUACAAAAGGAAGCUAAGUGUUCUCAUUCAGGAGCUGUUGAUCUCAGAGGAAGAUUACAUUCAAGAUUUACAGUUCCUCCAGACUCAUCACCUUAGGUACACUGAGACCUGUCCCAAUGUGCCAGGAGCUGUUGCCAGUCAGAAAUCCACCAUCUUCAGGAAUAUUGAUGACAUUGGUCGCUUCCAUUCCAGCGUGUUCCUCCGGAGCCUGCAGAGCUGUGACACCGAUGAUGACGUGGCCAUGUGCUUCAUCAAGCACGAAGCAGAAUUUAACAAAUACAUCCAGUACCUGGUGGGAAGGGUCCAGGCUGAGUCAAUCGUUGUCAGCAAAGCUGUCCAGGAUUUCUACAAGAGAUACACAGAUGAAUUCGUAACUAAUGAAGAUCCCUCACAGCCACUUAUCCCACCACUGCAGCACUACCUGGAAAAACCCAUAAACAGGAUCCAGCAGUACCAGACAAUAAUUAAGGAAUUGAUCCGAAACAAAGCCAGAAGCAGCCAGAACUGCACUCUGCUGGAGCAGGCCUAUGCCAUUGUGUCUGCCCUGACCCGAAGAGCAGAGAACAACCUCCAUGUCUCACUCAUUGAGAAUUACCCAGGGACCUUGGAGAGCCUUGGGGAGCCCAUCCGGCAGGGCCACUUCAUUGUGUGGGAAGGAGCUCCAGGAGCUCGAAUGGCAUGGAAAGGACACAAAAGACAUGUUUUCCUCUUCAAAAAUUAUAUUGUGAUCUGCAAACCAAAGAGAGACACAAAGACAGACACCUACAGCUACAUCUUCAAGAACAUCAUGAAGCUGAACAACAUCGAUGUGAACGACCUGGUGGAAGGGGACGACCGGGCCUUUGAGAUCUGGCACGAGCGGGAGGACCUGGUGCGCAAAUACCUCCUGCAGGCGCGGACCGUCAACAUCAAGAACUCCUGGGUGAAGGAGAUCCUGGGCAUCCAGCAGCGCAUCAGCGAGCCCAUCUGGAUCCCUCCAGACUUUGAGGAAGAGCUGGCAGACUGCACAGCUGAGCUGGGAGAGACAGUCAAGCUGGCCUGCAAGGUGACAGGAGCUCCCAAGCCAUCCAUCAGCUGGUACAAAGAUGGAAAGCUCGUGGAGGUGGAUCCCCACCACAUUAUAAUAGAAGAUCCUGAUGGCUCCUGCACACUGAUCUUGGACAACCUGACGGGGGCAGACACAGGACAGUACAUGUGCUUUGCUUCCAGUCCUGCUGGCAACGCCAGCACCUUGGGAAAGAUCCUUGUUCAAGUGCCCCCACGGUUUGUGAACAAGGUCAGAAAUGCUUAUCUUGUGGAGGGUGAAGAUGUCCAGUUCACCUGCACUGUGGAAGGAGCACCCAGGCCUCAGAUCAGGUGGUACAAGGAUGGGGUGCUGCUGAAGGACACUGGUAAAUACCAGACUUUCAGUGAACCACGGAGUGGCAUCGUAGUGCUGGUGGUCAAGAACCCUUCCAAUGAAGACAUGGGGCAUUAUGAAUGUGAGCUGAUGAACAGGUUAGGGUCUGCCAAAAGUGGAGCAGAGCUUUACCACCACAGCGCCGCAGCCCUGACCCAGGAGAGGAGAGGAGACCAAGCCAUCACCAUUGAAGGAUUGCCUUCCCCCCAGUCAGAGACGGAGACUUCAGUGCAGGCGUCGCUGCAGCGCGCUGAUCGGGAGAUCAAGACAGCCCUGAAAAAACUGAUGGACUCGGCGUCCCUGCUGGUGACUCUGCCCCCUGGCAUGGCAGCAGAGGGUGGCCUUGGCCUUGGCCCUGCUGGCCCUGCUCCUUGCCAGCCCCCAGGGCCACCAGCCGGACCCUCUGUGGUCGUCCAUGAAGCCAGCACCCAAACCCAGGCUGCUGGAAGCCAUGCCAAAGCUCAGAGGCAGGUUCCAGCUGGAGAGCCAGGGGUGCCAAAGCCCAGCCCUGCUCCUUCCAGGGACGAGGAGGCUGCUGGAGGUGACAGCACUCAGGAACACACUGUUCCCAUCGACAGAACAUCACCAGAUGCAGGGGCAGGAGGCUGGUACAGGAGAGAAGGAGACGUGGUCUGGGAUGUGCACAGUGAAGUUUACAUUGAGACCACAGAAAGAACCCGUGUGUACAAGACUGAGGAGAAGAUUCCAACAAGUCCUCCCUACAUGCAAGUGACAAUAGAGGAUGUGCAGGUGAACUCUGGGGAACGUGCCAAAUUCCAGGCAGUCAUUGAAGGAACCCCUGAGCCCACAGUUCUGUGGUUUAAGGGCACUUCACUGCUGCCAGACAGCCACAGGGUCCAUCAGGGGAAGGAAGGAACAACGUAUUUCUUACUCGUGGACAAUGCUGCCUUGGAAGAUGGAGGUGUUUAUACCUGUGUCGCCAAAAAUGCAGGAGGGGAGGUUUUGUGCAAAGCUGAGCUCGUUGUACGUGAAGCUAAGAAAGACCAAGAAGGAAAGAAAGUGGCCACCAGGAGAAAACUCCACUCCCAUUAUGAGGUGAAGCAGGAGAUUGGAAGGGGCUGCUUCAGCUUCGUGAAAAGGGUGGUGCACAAAGGGAACAGGGUGUCCUGUGCUGCCAAAUUCAUCCCCCUGCGGAGCAAAACCAGGUCCCGAGCCCAUCAGGAGAGGGAUAUUCUUGCCUCUCUGUCCCACGACAGAAUUACCAGGCUCCUGGAUGAGUUUGAAACAAGAAAAACGCUGAUUUUGAUUCUGGAGUUAUGCUCCAAUGAAGAGCUCCUGGACCGAUUAUUCAAGAAGAGCGUGGUCACUGAAGCUGAGGUCAAACUGUACAUCAAGCAAAUUUUGGAAGGAAUCAAAUACCUUCAUGACAACAACAUCCUUCAUUUGGACAUCAAGCCACUGAAUAUCCUCAUGGUUUAUCCUGAGAGGGAAGACCUGAAGAUCUGUGAUUUUGGGUUUGCCCAGAGGAUCACACCCGUGGAGCCUCAGUACAGCAAAUACGGCUCUCCAGAGUUUGUUGCCCCAGAAAUUGUUUCCCAGUCUCCAGUGUCAAAAGCAACUGAUAUCUGGGCUGUCGGAGUCAUCACAUAUUUAAGCCUCACGUGCAAGUCUCCAUUUGCUGGUGAGAACGACAGGAAAACUCUCCUAAAUAUCCAGAACGGGGAGAUCUCAUGGACCAUUCCUGAUGUUGUUCACUUGAGUGAAGAUGCAAAGGACUUCAUGAAGGGGAUCCUGCAGCAGCACCCCAAAUCCAGGCCAAGUGCUUUGGACUGUCUUUCCCACAGAUGGUUCAUGCACAAUGUCCCUCUUGAAGCAGCUCAUUUCAUUAACACCAAACAGCUCAAAUUCAUUGUGGCUCGGAGCAAGUGGCAGCGCUCCCUGAUGUGCUACAAGUCCAUCCUGGUGAUGAGGUCCAUCCCAGAAAUCCUGGAAAGGACCCAUGACAACAGCUCCCUGGCCGUCUCCCGACACCUCAUUGAGGAGAGCACCUCAUCCAGCACCAGUGGCUCCUCUUCAGACAACGAGAACUCAAAUUUCCCCCAAAAGAGGCACUUUGGCUCCACCCCUGAGCUGCACUUGCCUGUAUUUGAUGCCCCCAGCCACCCCCAGCCUCUGAAAUGUGAACAGGAGCACCCCAAAAGCUCCAUCCCUCCAGUAAAACCCACGAGGAGGAAAUAUGCUUCCAUGAAGGCUGAGGUGGGGCACAAAUCACCCACAGAAAGCAAAGAGCUCAUGGCAGGUGUCUUACAGGAGAAAGAGGAGGGGCUCCUGCCCAGCCCGCGGGAAAAGCCAUCCCAAAAAAGCGCCACUGCCGAGCCUUCAUCCCCGAGGGCUCCCACAGACAGCACAUCACUUCUGCAUCAGGGAGAAAAACCAGACACAUCUUCAUCAGAAAAGGCAGGGGAUGGGACAGAAAAGCCAUCUGCCUGUGUUCCCAGGCAGAGUGUCAUUAAAAGCACCUUCUACAGCCAAGCAUCUGAGCUGCCUGCACGGCCGCCCUCCUCGCCGGGCAGGGAGCUCAGGCGGCACCUGGACAGGGCCAGGAGGACGCUCCGCAAGCCUGGCUACUCCAAGGUGCCCCUCAGCGGCCUCCGUGAGCCCCUCCUGGAGCAGUUUGAGCUGGAGGAAGAGGAGGCAGGAGGAGGAGAGGGCGGCAGGGAAGGCCUGGUGGCGUCCCUGACCAAAUCCGCGUCGUUCGAGGCCGCCAGGAAGCCGCCGCACCCUGCCAUGGCCGGGGCCAGCCGCAGCCGCUCCCUGGACGAGUACAGGCCCAGAGCCUCCACAUCCCUGAGGGAGCAGGGUAUUUUGGAGGAGGACUGUGAUGUGCUGGCCCGGGAAAGCUGUCCUGAAGGCAGUGAUCACUGUGACACUCCUGCAGGGCCUGGAAAGGGGUGUUCUGCAGGCACGGCAGAGCAAGGGGACGUCGGGAGAGCCAGCAGGGAUUGCUCAGGAGGGAAGCCCUCUCCCUCCACACGCUGUGAGGGGAAUGGGUGCCCAGCUGCUCUUAUACAGGUAGAGGGACUUCCAGUGUCACCCCAGAGGAGUGAGAAUAGGAAGCGUUUACUGAAGAAGUCAAAAGCCACUGAGAUUGAGGAGGAUGUUGAAUGUUUGGAGGGCAAAAGCCCCAUUCUCACUGCCCAGUGCUCAGAUGGGACGGCACCAUCAGCUCCAAAACACGACAGAACAGAGAGCAAAUCUGCCUCUGACUGUGCUUUUCAGGAGGGCCAAGAGUCCAUUUCAACGCUCACACAGUCAGAGACCACCCCAAAGUCAUCUCCUCUGAGUAGGGGAGGUGUGUGUCUGCCCCAGGAGUCUGCUCCCACCCACUCCCACCCAGAGCUAACAGGUGGAAGCUUGCUUAUCAAAAGGUCAGCCCCAGCCCCACCCUGGGAAGAGAAAAGGCAGAAACACUCAGAUGAAAAGACUUCUGCUGAAUGUGAACUCAUGGAGCAUGAAAGCUCUGCUGUUCCAACAGAACAAACAGAAACUGAUUUACUUCCAGUACGUAAAGAUAAAAGUGAGGAAAUUCCUGGGAAAAGUGUUCCAGCAGCUGCUGUCAUGCUGGGCAAACAGCCAGGUGCCCUCACAGCUGCUGAAGGUGUUCCUCAGAAGCUGAAAAUUCAUACAGAUGUGAGAUCUGCUGUCCUGGAAGAUGCAGAGGCAGCUGUUACAGGAAUCACUCGAGCACACAAGAAGGCUCUUGUUCACUUAGACACAGCAUCAGCUGUCCUGAAGGGACAGCACCUCGUUGUGCCCAAAAUCCCCCCACCAGGAUCAGUGCCAGCUCUGGUCUCCUAUGGAGCACAGCAGGCUCUCAGCAAGGAGAAGCUGGCUGCUCUGAGGAGUGAAGGCUCAGCUGCCACAGAGGCUGUUUCCAGUUUGGCCCACGAAGGAGCUGAACCCCAGCAGGUCCCUGAAGGCCGUGGCUCAGAGCCUGCUGCUCUGGAGGGCACACACCCAGCCAGAGCUGCCUCCUCCCCAAGCACUGCCCUCCCUCAGCGCUGGGAGGGUGAAAACCGAGAGCACCCAGAGGUGUCAGUUCACCGCGAGGUGAGAUCUGCUGUGACAGCCAGUGGAAGACAAGCAGCUGGACAAGCUGUGGCUGCUCCUUUGCCCAAGGCUGGACAUGGGGUGUUAGAGCAGCACAGGGCUGGGAUUUUGGAUGGUCUGCAGAGGGACAGUUCAGGUGCUUUAACUGUGUCACAACCAGGAGCUGCUCCAGCUUCAGCCUAUGGACUGGAAUACAAGGAAUAUCCAGAGGAUUAUGGUGAGGGUGGAGGCACUGCCUUAGAAAGGGAUGCUGGAACAGCUGCCCCACCUCUGCUCCGCAGGGAUCAUGGUCAGGAGCUCUCACACCACAGAUCCUCUUUCUACAGUGACGAGGAGUCUGCCGUGCUGGAGGGCUUAGUGGAUGAGAUGGUUUCCCUCUCUGAAGAGAUGAAUGUCUGGGCAGAGUCAGUUUCUGGAGAGAAGGGAAGCAGGAAGCACAUUUCCCCUGAGAGAGAGAUGCUCUACAAAGGCAGCCAGGCACACACGGACACCUCCUUCCCUUCUGUCCAGCAGGCUGGAAGAGGAGAAGUGGCUGAGCAGGAUGACCUUGCAGAACCCUGCCUUGCUGUGAGCGAGGAGCCAGGGCUCCUGGAAGAGCAGGGAGCACAGACAGCUCCUCAGGAAUGUGAGCACCUGGAGGAUUUGGCAUUUGAGACCUGCCCUUCCAGCCGAGAGAGCGUUUCCUCCACAGAGAGCCUGGACACUGCAAACAGACCCACCCGCCUGCCAGUGACCAAGGACACUGGCAAACACCCAGAAGUUUCUCUGGUGAAAAUCAAAGACCUGUCAGACGAAACACCCAGCCUUGGCAGCGGCCCCCAAAAAUUUGACAUCUCGGAAGUGGAGCCUGCCUAUCUGAAUUUCUCAGAUCUGUAUGACAUUGUCUAUUUUCCAUUUGAGUUCCUGAGCUACAAGAAGCCUUCACCCAAACCAGUUCCUAGGCGGUUUAUGCUUCUUGGUGAAAGGGCAAGGUCCCCUCCUGCAGGACAUCUCCAUAAGGACAAGAGACUGUGCAUCAGGGAACAGGAAGACAAGAACAGGAAGAACCGUUUGGAAAUAUCUGGGGAUUCAAAGGCAGCUAACUUAUCAGCCAUGGGAAAAGGGGCAGAGAGCCACAAGGAAAUGUACAGCUCCCAAAAGGACUCCAGUGGGAAACAGAAAAGCUCCUUCCACACCAAGCCUGGACUCUUUAAGCCAUAUGCAAGGUCUCAUUCUGUGGAGCAGUCGGUGGAGCAGAGUCUCAAGAAGAAAGUAAAAGCUUCUGUUGCCCAUAUUUCAAGAAUCCUAAAGGGAAAGACAUCUCCUGAGCCAGAGGAAGAGUUUGGUGAGCUGGGAAGUGAGGCAGCAGAAAAGGAGCUGUUAAUAGGGGCUGAAGGAUCUCUGAAGAGGAAAUCAGCACUCCCUUCAUUCAAGCUGCCAAGCCUCACCCCAAAGGAGAAAGCCCCGUGGUUCGUGGAGGAGCUGGUGGACCAGGCUGCGGCCGCCGGACAGUGCGCCACGCUCUCGUGCCGGACAGCAGCUCUGCCCUCCCUGCACAUCACCUGGUUCAGAGAUGGGAUCCCUGUCCAGAGCAGCAGCCGGAUCCUCAUCUCAUCCACGCUCAAACACUUCCAGCUGCUAACGAUUCUCUCUGUUAAUGCUGAGGAUUUUGGUAUUUACACCUGCGUGGCCACGAACUCUCUGGGCUCAGCAUCCACCUCUUGUGUCAUAAGAAAAGCAGAGGUUCCCCCCAGCCCUCCACCCCCUGACAUCGUGGAGGUCUACAAGGACGGAGUGCAGCUGGUUUGGAAACCUGUGGAAACCAACACCCCUGUCCACUACACAGUCCAGUGCAAGAGUGAAGAUGGGGAGUGGACAACUCUUGCUUCUGACAUCACUGACUGCUGCUACUAUGCCAGAAAUCUCCCCCAGGGGUUCAUCUACCACUUCAGGACAGCCUGCACCAGCAAGGCAGGGACAGGACCCUGCAGCCACCCCUCUGCCAAAGUGAAAAUCACUGGGAAGGAUCACGUGGAGCCUCGUGCUGCCACACAGGAGAUCCCAUCAGCUGCCCCUGAAGAAGAGAGUGAACUGAUCACACCUCCUGAGCCCUUCCCCACCUACCAGACCUACGCCUUCCAAACUGAGAUCAAAAGGGGCCGCUUCAGCAUCGUCCGGCAGUGCCGCGAGAAGGUGAGCGGCAAGACUCUGGCUGCCAAAAUCAUCCCUUACUGGCAGGAGGACAAGCAGGCGGUGCUGCUGGAGUACCAGGUGCUGAGGAAGCUGCACCACACCAACAUAGCCCAGCUGAAGGGUGCCUACGUCAGCCCCCGGCACCUGGUGCUGAUCCAGGAGAUGUGCGUGGGGCCGGAGCUGCUGCACGCCCUGGCACUGCGGACAUGGUACUCAGAGGUGGAGGUCCGAGAUUACCUGUGGCAGAUCCUCAGUGCCACGGAGUACCUCCAUGCACACAACAUCCUGCACCUGGACCUCAGGUCUGAGAACAUGAUCAUCACUGAGCCCAACCUGCUGAAACUCCUGGAUUUUGGGAACGCACAGUUCUACGCACCAGACACAUUUAUCUCCAUGGACAAGUGCUCGGACUAUGUGGAAACCAUGGCUCCAGAACUGCUGACAGAGCAAGGAGCCCUUCCCCAGACUGAUAUUUGGUCCAUUGGAAUCACAGCCUUCAUCAUGUUGAGUGCCAACUACCCUGUCAGCUCGGAGGCACCCUGUGAGUUCCUGAGGACAGCCAGGAAGGGGAGGCUGAAGCUCACGCGGUGCUAUGCGGGUCUCUCCGGGGGAGCCGUGUCCUUCCUCCAGAGCACUCUGUGUGCUAACCCUUGGGGAAGGCCGUCAGCCUCCGAGUGCCUCCAGAGCCCCUGGCUGCAGGAGACAGGUCUGGACAACAGGCAGCAGGCACUGGUCACCUUCCCCACCACCAAACUGAGGAAUUUCCUCAUGGAACGGGAAAAGAAGAGGGGCCUGCUGUGCUCCAAGUACGGCCUCAUGGUGGCACAGUGACGUGGAU